AUGUGUAUUGAGAAGGGAAUAUCCCAUACUCUUCCGUUAGUUGGUAGGCGCAGAGUGUCAGAGGAGGCGACAAUGCGCAAGUGCUCGGCUGCAUUUUAUAUUACUCUAGGUUUCGUAUCUCUCUGGACAAUUGAAGCGUCAACAGGACCCUGUUACUGCGGACCUGACCAUUUUAACUUAUUGAAAAAUAAAUGUAACAACACUGAAGGAGUCUAUGAUUUGGCAUGCUAUACAAAAUAUAAGACAGAUCUUGAGUUCUUCUGCGAAUGGAAAGGAGACAUAUCAACCUCAUACACACUGUACAUACAACAGAGGAAAUGUAGUUGUGUAAAUGUACAUCAGAAGAAUGGAAUUUGGAGUUCCGAUGACUUUCGUGUUAACUCAAAUCAGAAUGUGACAGCUCACGUCAUUGCAAGCAGUGGAUAUCUGCACUGGUGCACCUACAAAAAUUUCAGUGGAAUUCCAUCCAAGAUUACACUGUGCGGUCCUCAUUCAAAACUGACUUACAAAAGAAUUUCAGGCCAUCUGACUAUGCAGGUGGAGUGGGGAAAUGAAAGAAGACAUAUUAAAAAAUUCUUUGUAGAGUACAAAGAGUUCAACACUACAAGCUGGAAAGAGCAACAGUCUAAAAACAACAAAGAAUGUGUUUUGUGGAAUCUGACAACAUCUCUGCCUUACGAGUUGCGAAUACGUUGUGAUCCCACCAAAGAGUGUGUGCAGUGUCCUCGUAGCGAGGUCAUCGUGGUUCCACCGGAACUCACAGAUGCACCAUCAAUCCAGCUGGAGAUUCAAGACCAUAUACACAAUCGUUUUAUAUCACCAGGACAGAGAAAAGCAGUCUUGAAGUGGGAGUAUGCAAACAGUGAGGCUGUGGCUUACUACAAUGUGACAGUGAGGAAAGUAUCCGGGGAACCCAGCAAUCAGGACAGUUUCAGAACUGAAGAUUCAUCUCUCACCCUGAUCCUGUCUUACUCUGCAUAUAACAUCAGCGUCAGAGCUUUAAACACUGCUGGAUCGUCUGCUGUUUCCAGUAUAGCCACUGAGCAAAUGGAUGAAUGGAGGGAUUCGUUUGGGCCAUUCAGCGUCAACAUAACCAGCAACAACAGUUUUAGUCUGUCCUGGAACAGUUCUGUCUCAUGUGUUUGUUACUCUGUGGAGUGGUGGGCCAAAGGACAGAUGCCAUCUUUUCGUCCAUUCUACAAAAAGCAGACGCACAAAAAAAUAACUGGGGAAACCGACAGCAGUACUGUUCUCUUUCAUUCUCCCCUAUUAAUUUUUCAGCCAUAUACAAGAUAUUAUUUUGUCCUGCACACCAGACCGUACCUAGACGUCUGCAAGAUAAAGAAUAUAAACAACAGUGAGACGACCUAUGGCACAGCCCAAGCUUACUUAACUGAAGGAAGUCCUAUCGGUGCUCCUGGGAAUGUGAGCAUUUUUAAUAUUACCCAGCAUUCCUCAGUAAUCACAUGGAGCCCCGUGUCUGAGGAAGACCUUCGCGGAUUCUUAUUAGGCUACUACAUCUACUUGACAUGGGACAAUAGUAAAACAUCCUUCACAGUGGAUCCCAGCAUAAACAGUUAUGAGCUGCAGAAUCUUGAAAGCAACAGUGCGUACCGUGUGCAGCUGUCUGCAUUUACAACAGCUGGAGAAGGAGAGCGGAGUGAUUUCAAACACUUUGUCACAAACCCGCUAGAAUUCACAGCUUUGAACAGCAUUAUAGCCGCGGUCAUUGUGGGAAUAAUAAUUCUUUUACUAGCAGUUCACCUCAGCUGUCGACUUCUACACAGAGCCAAGAAACUGCUGUGGCCGAGUAUACCAAAUCCUGAGAACAGCAACGCUGUUCAGAAAAUCGAAAUUGCCUAUGAACUGGGUAUCCUGGAGCCACUGAACAGACAGCGCUUAGAGGAAAGUGAGGGAUGUGAUUCCAGUACAGUGUGUGUUGUUGGGAGCAAGAAGGAGGCAUCUCCUCUCUGUAGCCCUCCCACUGCUCAGGCUGGUGUGCCCACCACCCUUCUCCUUGGUGAAGAUGAGGACAGCCCAUUCAUCCCAGAGCAAAUCGCACCACCUGUCACCCCAACACAAGUCCCCACCAACGAGUCAGAGUCCACAGAGACCUUCCCUAUGGACUUUAAUAAGACAGACUCCACUUUGAACACUUCUGUUGAUGAAGAAAUCACAACCUUCGAAAGCAAAGACCCUGGAGAGACCAUCUCCAUCACGACAGGAUCAGACUUCAUCCAAGCAUCUCAGCCUGCUGUGGUUUUCAUGAGCGAUUACACUACCAUGGAGAUCUUUCAGCAGGUCACUAUGGCUGGGAUUCAGGGUCCAUCCAUACAAACAGUGAAACCUGGAUUGGUUCUUGUACAUCCAGGGCAGGAUUAUGUUCGCCAGUCCUAUUUUUUGCAAGAAGCAAUCCAGUAACCCUCCAGUGGCAUGUAACAGUACUGAAUUAUUGAACCCAGAAAUCACAGUGCCCUGAGAUGCUUUUAUCCGGUGAUUUAGAGGACACUUAACAGUAGACACAAUCCCUCUGGAGCACCCUGAGAUUAGGAGCCUCAUUUAAGGGUACAACGUUCAUUGUCCUCUUCCUGACUGAGGUUUAGCCGCUACUCAGCACCUCUACGCCACUUGUAUUGACAGUGAAUUGGACCCAGGUCUCCAAAUUCUACCUCUGAAGCACAAGUGCUCAUGACAGAGACCACUACAUCAAUUACAUGAAAUGAAUUUUCAGAUCUUUAUAUUGGUUAGCAGUUUUAUUGUAUAAAAUGUUAGUAUAUAUAUAUAUAUAUAUAUGGUCAGAUACUGUAUAUAUAUAGUCGCUUUAUUGUACAUGAUCUGUAGGGGAGCGCGGGGCACAAAGUAACACGGGGUUAGUUGUAACACACAUGGUUUAAAUAUUUCCACACAUGGUAGCAUAACCAAAUUUACUAGUUACCAUAUCAACAUUAUAUGGAGAAAAAAAGUGUGCCAAAAUUCAAAAGUAUUUUGAAGAUAUCGCGGAACAUUUAUUUUACUAUAGUAAAAUUAUAUCUCUGGCUUAAGUAAAUUUUUCAUCUCAGUUUUUAUUACAAAUCACACAGUUCAGAUACAAAUCUGCUAUUAUUUUAAUCUUCAAUCUGUUAUUUCUCAGUUUAAAUAAUUUUUUUAAUGCUUCAAUAACUAGCAGAAGACACUAACCGGUUUUAAAUUCCAGAUGCGCAGACGGGGCACGUUGUAACACUGCGUUACAAUGUGCCCUGCCGUGCUAUUCUAUGACAUUAGCGAUGUAAUUCACACUAUUUACUUUAAUACAUUUUAAUGAGAAACGAUGAGAAACAUGUGAAUAAAGACUGACAAUGUUUAAUGUUCAGAAAUGAUUAUUUCAAGACAUGUAAAGCAUUUUGGCUCGUUCAUGUGGGCCAUCCCAAGCAUGGUUGCAAAGUGUUCAUUGUCAAACUCAAAAAUCAGAUUAUUUUUAAUUCUUAAAAAUUGCCAUUACUUUAUUUGAAAUAAUUAUUUUGUUUUAUUGACAAAAUAUUUUAGUUUGUCUUGUACAUUUUUGUCAUGAGAUUAGAUAACAUUUUAAGCUUAUCAUGUUACAAUGUACCCCACCUAUGGGGCAUGUUGUCCCAUUUCACUUCCAAUUUUUGAGGGUAAAUAAAGAAAAACGUAUACACUGUAAUUAUGAAACAAAGCAACAUAUUUGUACUAGACAAGUAUGAAAUACUCUGAACCCCAUGUGGAUUUAC